UACAACUACCUUGGCUCUGCGUCACAGGUUUCCGCCCAUGCACGCUAGGACAGGGAGAUAAUCGAGACUGCAGCUGUUGUGGUGCAGUAAUGUCAAAUAUUUUUUAUAACUAAACAUUCUGUGGUAAUGUUUUGGUGACUACUACGGAUGGCUGUGUGUGCCAGGCUCUGCGGAGUGGGUCAGUCGCGGAGGUGCAGGCGGCGACAGCGGCAUAAUCAACAGGACCAGGGAAGCGACUCCGAAAUGGACGUGGAGGAAGGCGAGCGGAUUGUGGGUGAGACACAAGCCGUCACCGGUGGUGGCGGCCCGGAAAACUCCGCCGCGGCAGGGCCGAGUGUGGCCCAUAAAGCAACUGCUGAAUGUGGCCGUGCAAAUUCGUAUGGGGACAGUGAAAGCACCGGACCACCGAAGCCGCAGUCCCUGUUGGAUCUGCCCCCAGAGCUUUUGGUGGAAAUAUUCUCAUCGCUCCCGGGCACGGAGCUACCAAACCUUGCCCUCGUCUGCAAGAAAUUCAUGCAAAUUCUGAACACGGAAACCAUCUGGAGAAGGCGCUGCACGGAGGAGUUUGGAAUGAGGGAGGACUUGCGCAAGAUGGAGGUGGCGGGUGUGUCCAGUCGGGAGCUCUAUGCCAAACGUGUGAACCCACGGGUGAAGUCUGGCCGCUUUAUGAAGCUCCUACCGGACUACGAGCACAUGGACUACAGGAACGUAUACAGGCACUUGCUGCACCCAUACAGACACAUCCUGGGUCUUUGGCAGCCUGACAUAGGCCCAUACGGAGGGCUGCUCAACGUGGUGGUUGACGGGCUGUUCAUCAUUGGCUGGAUGUACCUGCCCCCCCACGACCCUCGGGUUGAGGAUCCCAUGAGGCGGCGGCCACUCUUCCGCAUCCACAUGUGGGAGAGCAACAAGGUGGCGGUGGAGUGUAUGUACGGACACAAGGGCCCUCACAAGGGGGACAUCCAGACUGGGAAGAAGGACGAGUUCUCGACUAAGUGCAACCAGACAGAUCAUCACCGCAUGCCAGGGGGGAGGCAGGAGGAGUUCCGCACAUGGCUGGAGGAGGAGUGGGGGAGGACACUGGAGGACAUCUUCCAUGAGCACAUGCAGGAGCUCAUUCUUAUGAAGUUCAUCUACACAAGCCAAUACGAUAACUGCCUGACUUACCGGCGGAUCUACCUCCCACCCCGGAUGCCCUCUGACCUGCUGCAGCCGGGCCUGUUCAAAGGCACCUACGGCAGCCAUGGCCUGGAGAUCAUCAUGCUCAGCUUCCAUGGGCCCAGCGCCAGGGCCACCAAGCUCACUGGGGACCCCAAUGUCCCAGCAGGCCAGCUAACGCUUGACGUGGACCUGAACCGGCCUGUGUGCCUGCCGAACCUGGAGCACCAGCGCAGUGUGGAAGAGCUGUCUCGCCUGGUGCUGGGUGUGCACGAGGAGGCGCAGCGGGAGGCGCAGAGCCCAGACGUGGCCCCCCAGGGAGCUGCUUCAAAGGGGGCUGUGGCUGGUGGUACUGGGGCAGAGGGGCUGGAGUCGGCUAUGGAAGCCCAGUCAGAGAGCCCCCAGCCUGGGCCCUGUAGCAGCAGCAGCGCUCCCUCGGAGGCCCAGCCCUUCGUCCUGCCUCUGGGGGUCAUGGCCCGCAAUGAGGUUUACCCCCGAACCUGCAAGAUGUGCUUCUACGGGACGGGCCUGAUUGCUGGCCACGGCUUCACGAGUCCGGAGCGCACACCAGGCCUGUUUGUCCUGUUCGACGAAGACCACUUCGGCUUCAUCUGGCUAGAGCUCAAGUCGUUCAGCCUGUACAGCCGCCUGACUGACCGGCUGGCCCACGCCUAUGCCCCCGACAUGGAGUGCUUUGAGGCCAUGCUCCGCAACAUGCAGUCCUGGACAUCCUGAUGGGGCAGACAGACCCACACACAUACCUAGACCCCUACACACAUCACAAGUGUUGACCGCACCUGGAAGACCUUUGGGAACCUAGUUGUAACCUAUAACUAAGGCCCAUUGUUUUUUCCUGAUCAGGUUAUGUGGUUAGAAAAAACUAUUGGCCUUAAUUAUCACUCAUGUAUGUAUAUAUUUCCCCUUUAGAACCCCGAAAUGCUUACACACAGAAAAGCCCCAUAUUUACCCUCACCUACCCCUGUAGAAUUGUUCUACUGUACACAGCUUCACAAUCCCUAAUCACCUCUACACUGUCCCACACAUUUCUGGCUCUGGCCAGAAACAACCCUUAGCCCCACCCCCUAGGCACCUAAGUAUCCUUGCUCCCUGUUCCAUGUUUCUGUUCACCUCCACACGACAUCGUUAUCUCUGCUUCUGCAGCAUAUCCAGAGGUCAUAUGAUAUGACAAAGGCUUCCUUAACAGCUUCUUGUUAUUCAUUUUUAAACCAGAGAAGAGGAUUUGACAUUUCAUCCCACAAACCCCGCAACAAACUCUCUGUGUCUCUGAGUUGUAACGUAUACAUCAUGUCUGUAUUGCCUAAUGCUAAGAGAAGUGAAUGGGAUUUCUACUAAAGCUGUUAUUCUUUAAUGAUUUUGUUUGGAUGCAUGCUGCAUUUUCAGUUUAAUGCCACCUGUUUCCAAUACGCUUAUUCACAAUCUGAGACGCUUUUGGUUUGCUGUAUAUUAGUGUGUACAUUGCUCUUAGUUUGGUGCACAGGUGGCAUUAUGGUAUUAGAAAAGAUUGCAUCUCAGGUGCUUUUACUCUUUUCGUCACAUGGUCAAGGAAAAUAUAACAUAUUACAAUGGGGCAUGUGCAUAUCAGAAUUUACAUUACUUUUUAUUUUCAAAAUACUUCUGAUGGAUAGUAUGUAGUAAGAUGGAAAUAUUUAAUGAAUGGAUGUUUCAACAUUAGUAUUUUCUACAUGUUGGCAAAUAAGCUUAUGCUGUACUGUAGCUGCAUCAGCCAUUUGUAGUUCAACAGAGCAUAUUGCCCUUUUGGGCGCUUUUAACAGGGUGUUAAAGAUAUCGCAACACCUGUUAUGAUAAUUGGCGUUUGCAAAACAUUGUACAACACAAAAUGCUGUUCAAGGUACUUUUAUCUUUAUUCCCGUUUGGACCCCAGGAAGAGUAGCUGCUGCUGCCUUGGCUAAUCGGGAUCCUACUACAUAAUACUGUACAUUAUUUACGUUGUGAAAAGUGUAUGUCUGUCUCCCAUGGCCUAACGGUGGCACCCAGGGGCUCUCCUAUUCCAAGUGCACUUUUCUGGGCAGUACAGUGGAUGGUUUUGUCUCAACUCCUCUAUAGAUUCCUUUCCUUGAUCCCUUUCCUUCAUGACCACAAAUGGCUGAAAGGAGGGGAAGGGUUUUCCACCAUAUGGCUUUCACCCAUCUUCUACUGACAGGUCAGUGAUCAUGGAGGCCAGGACAUAAGGAAAGGACGCUAAGUUGAUAGUAUUGAGACAGUCACUAACUCAGAGGCUUCAUUCAAAGCAGUACAUUUGUAUCAGACUGCAGCUUUACUUAACAUUUGCAAAAACAAAACUUGAGAGAGUAAAUAAGUAAUAUAUAUUAAUGAAAGGAACCUAUUUAAUAAGUAUAUUUUAAAUAUUUUAAUUUUUGGGACAACUGUAGAAAUGUUUGCAUCAUCACUUGGUUGAUUUGUGUUUUGUAAGCUUAUCGCUCAUCUGUUGUGUAAGUAACGCUUCUGUACUCGGCUGUUUAAAUGAAGCACCUUUGUAAAUUGA